AUGUCAUCCAACACCACUGCCGACGCGGGCAACAAUAACCAAGCCAUCAAAGAAAAUAUUAGAAAAGCCUACAACGACAUCGCCGACGUCUAUCUAGAAUGGACAACACCAUCCCACGGAGUCCGCCUCUCGCAUCUCAACACCCUACUAAAUGCCCUCGAUUCUACCCCCGCAUCCGGGGAAGGGAAAAAGAACAUACUAGAACUAGGCUGCGGCGCCGGCGUGCCAUGCACACAAGUCCUAGCAUCACGCGCAGACCUAAAAAUAACCGCAAACGACAUCUCAGACUCACAAAUCGCGCUCGCCAAAGCCCGCCUGCCCACCGAGAACACAACUCUCAUACAGGGCGACAUGAUGGCACUUGAAUUCAAUGACUCCCAUUUCGACGCCGUGCUGGCUAUGUAUUCGAUCAUCCACCUCCCGCGCGAGGAGCAGAAGGAAAUUCUGCGGAAGAUUGUGGGAUGGUUGAAGCCGGGUGGCCGGUUUUUGGCGAAUUUUUCGGAGGCGGGGUUUGAGGGGUCGGAGAAUCAGUCUUGGUUAGGGGUCGAUGUAUUGGAGUGGGUGGGGAAGGAUGAGAUUAGGAAGAUUUUGAUUGAUGUGGGAUUUCGGAUUGAGGUUGAUGAGGUUGUUGUUGAUGUUGAGGUUGAUGUUGAUAAUGGGGUUGGUAGGGAUGUGCCGUUUCAUUGGAUACAGGCAAGGAAGAUUUAG